AUGGCAGAGCAGGCUGUAUCCUGGUACUAUACCAUCCUCACUCUUGUUUUUCAGCCACCAUUUGUAAUGGAGAAGUGGAUUGUGGGAAUAGUGGAAGAUCAGACUGUGGAGUGCACUGUCAUGUAUGAGAGUGAUGUUAGGUCUCCAAAAAGCACUAAGCAUGUCCAUUCAAUUCAGUGGAGUAGAACCAAACCUCAGGAUGAAGUAAAAGCAGUCCAGCUUGCCAUCCAGGCACUAUUCCCCAACUCCGAGGGCAACCCCGGCAGCAGGUCUGACUCAGGUGCGGACUGCCAGUGGCUGGACACGCUGCGCAUGCGUCAGAUCGCCUCCACCACGGCUCUGCAGCGCUCCCAGAGCAAUCCCAUUCUGGGGUCACCUUUCUUCCCAUACUUGGCGGACCAGGAUUCCUAUGCGGCUGCGGUGAGGCGGACACAGGUGCCCGUUAAGUAUCAACAGAUAACGCCUAUCAACCAGUCCAGAAGCUCCUCUCCCACUCAGUAUGGGCUGACCAAAAACUUCUCCUCGCUACAUCUCAACUCUAGGGACAGUGGCUUUUCCAGUCUGAACACUGACAGCUCUUCAGAGCGGGGUCGCUACUCAGACAGAAGCAGGAACAAGUACGAUCGCGGUAGUGUGUCGCUCAAUUCUUCCCCUCGCGGUAGAUACAGUGGGAAAAGUCAGCACUCUACUCCGUCCAGAGAAAGAGAUUCUGGCAAGUUCUUCAGGGUGUCUCAGUCGGCUGACUUCAAGAGGAGCCCUAAUGACCACCACUUACCCAGGACCAUCCCAGGGAUGCCUUUGCACCCUGACACUGCCUCUAGAGCCAGCGAAGAGGAAAGCAAAGUGAGCGAGGGAGGAUGGACCAAAGUGGAGUACCGAAAGAAGCCGUUCAGGCCCUCUCCUGCCAAGACCAACAAGGACAGAGCCCGAGGGAGCUACCGCGGGCGGAGGACCUUCUGAUCAAUUCCCUAAGCAGGGUUCUUCCAUUCACAACAGGUGUCUUCAGAUUCAGUUAACAAAAAGACAACUCUUCCAAUUUGGGGAUUGGGAAAUACCUUUUAAUUGAGACUACAGCCAAACCAAGGCCAGAAUUAUGGUUGUUGGUAACUAGACUUGAAAAUAACUACCCAAAUUUUCUCCCAUGAAUUAAUAUCUGGAGGGAGGGGCUAUGCCAUCUUUCACCCUGAGCAGUGGCUCGUUAGCAGGACUGGGACUAGGAUAAGGCAAGCGAGGUCCACAAAAAAAAUCAAAAUUCUAGGUAAAGGCAGGGUCAGUGUUACUGAGUUUUUCCUUUCGUCAAAGGCGCCGUUUGGGCUCAGCAAUGCACUGUUACUGAUUCUGUCCUUACUUAAAUUUUUGAUAUUUUGUUCACAAAUUUUUUGCAUUGGUUUUAUUUUUUAAUACUGCAUUAAAAUACCAUUUAUCUUGAUUAUCAGGGUUUUUAA